UAAACGAUCCGCUGAAGGAAAUUCACAAGCUCUCUGCACAGCGUUGUAUUUGUACAAACAACUUAUACAAAUGGAGGAGUUGUACAGUUUGUUGUUCAAAAUUACAUGCGAACAGGAAGUAUAUAUUGAAUAACACGCUUUGAAAUUGUAACCAUUUUGCUGCAAGCCGUAAAAUGAGCACGCAGGCGUCCGCAUCUGGAUCCGUCAAUGAAGCGAGAGGCAGAAGUGCUCAAGAUGUGGAAAACUCCAAAACACACUUCAGAGUCUGUCGGUUUAUCAUCGAGACUGGAGUGAAGUUAGGCAUGAGAUCUGUGCCCAUGGCCACAGCAUGUGUGCUGUAUCACAGGUUCUUCCAGUCUGCCAGUCUUCGGGUCUAUGAGCCUUACCUAGUGGCUAUGUCUGCCAUCUACCUCGCAGGCAAAGUCGAAGAGCAGCAUCUCAGGACAAGAGAUAUCAUCAACGUCUGUCACAGGUAUUUUCACCCAGAGAGUGAACCGAUGGAACUGGAUUGGAAGUUUUGGGAGCUGAGGGACAGUGUAGUGCAAUGUGAACUCCUCAUCCUUCGACAGCUUAACUUCCAAGUGUCUUUUGAGCAUCCACAUAAGUACGUGCUGCAGUACCUGCUGUCUGUGAAGAGUCUAUUGAAUCGCCACGCCUGGUCUCGAACCCCCAUCGCAGAGACGGCCCUGGCUGUAUUAAAAGACAGUUACCAUGGCUCUGUGUGUGUCCGCUAUAAGCCUCAACACCUAGCCCUCACCUCCCUCUAUCUUGCUCUCCAGACAUAUGGAGUGCAGCUCCCCAGAGGAGAACUGGAGUGGUGGCAGGUUGUUUGUGCAGACAUCACCAAGGCUCAGAUUGAGACCAUCAUGAGUGAAUUACUGCAGCUCUAUGACAUGGAGGCCAAGUGUACCUGAGAGACAAAGAAUGAAGCGGGUACUAAAACACUGACGCAGAAACCAACACCUUCAGCUGUAUCUGUAUCUGACGAUCAUCUUUACACGUGCAUUGAACCCUCUUUCUCCUGAUGUUGUGAUGUAACCUAAUGAGCUCUUCUUGUUAAUUACAUUACAGAACAUGAAGGUUUAGAUAGGCUCAUCAAGAAUGAUGAGAGGAAUUUAGAUGUAGUAGCAGGCUUUGUAAGUGGCGCUAUGAAAACCAGACUUUAGCCACACCUCAUCAAUCAAUUCCAAGCCACCGACCUACUUUCUUCUCCUACCUUGUGCUAUUUUUCCCCCUAAAGAGGGAGAGAGAAAUUACAAAAGAGAUGGAAUAGCUGGUUGAAGGAAGAAUGAAACAAAAGAAAAGCCAUCCUGUCCCCAGAGCUAAAUUUUGAGGUAAACGCUAGAUCUCAGCCAUUUCUUUUAUAUUUUCUAAUUUAAUUACUCUCCUCCUCUCCCUGCAGAACUUGUCCCGGUAGGCUUCUUUAUGUAACUCCUUUAAGCAGUGUUACUGUAGACUGUAAAGAAAAGCACCACAGUUUCAUGAGACACCAGACUUCUGUUUCAAACUUCAAAAACAACACUGUACUGAUGUAAACUUGUGAUAUUUUCAGCUAAAGAUGAACAUGAACUGACAGGUUCAUUCUAAGUCUAAAUUUAAAAAUGUAAUUACGAAUAAAACAUUUUUUUGCACUAAUGCUUUUUGAAACCGAA